GCAGGUGCAGAAGCCGGCAAAGAGGAGCCUGGGGUUCAAGCUGAUAGUGUCCCCUGAUCCCCUCACCCAAGGUUAGGGUGCAGAUCUGCAGGCAGGCUGGGUGCCAGCCUAGAACUGCCCAGCAGGAAGAAGACCCAGGGCCCGACCUUCUUGUGACAACACAGGCAUCUGGAGCUCCACCGAGACCAGAAAUGCCCGGGGCGCGCAGCCUUCAGCGACAGACAGCCUUGUUCCCGGAGUCUCCUUCCAGCCGGGCCUCAGUCUGACGCCCAAGCCCUAGCAGGAAGCCGACUCCCAAACGCGGGCAGUGGGUGUGAGCCCAGGGCAAAACCCCGCCCCUAGGGGUCCCUGAUCUUUGCCCCCGCCCUGGGCUCCGUGCUUCCCCAAGGGACCGGCGGGCGGCGAUGCCUUUUGUGUGUUUCAGUCCAAAGUACCAGAGACCCCCCAGCACUGCGCCGCGUCCCCUGGAGGGCCCCGGCCCCUCCUCUUGGCGUCCCCAGCCCCCUUGCUCGGCUCCGCGUGCCAGCUCGGGGCUCGCUGGUUCGCUCCCCGCGGCGCCAGGAGGAGGGGCGAGGGCCGGCAGCCCCCUCCCCCGCGCGCGGCGCCGGAGCCCAGCCGAGCUGGGGGGACCCGCCGCCGCCGGUCAUGUGGACCGGACUGCUCCUCCGGGCCGCCUGCGUCGCGCUCCUGCUGCCGGGGGCCUCGACCCACGGCUACACCGGGAGGAAGGCGCCCGGGCACUUCGCUGCCGAGAGACGCCGGUUGGGCCCCCACGUCUGCCUCUCGGGGUUCGGGAGUGGCUGCUGCCCUGGCUGGGCGCCCUCCAUGGGCAGUGGGCAUUGCACCCUUCCCCUCUGUUCCUUUGGCUGUGGGAGCGGCGUCUGCAUCGCUCCCAAUGUCUGCUCAUGCCAGGAUGGAGAGCAAGGGGCUACCUGCCCAGAAGCCCAUGGACCCUGUGGAGAGUAUGGCUGUGACCUUACCUGUAACCAUGGCGGCUGUCAGGAAGUGGCCCGAGUGUGCCCCGUGGGCUUCUCGAUGACAGAGACAGCUGUCGGCAUCAGGUGCACCGACAUUGAUGAAUGCUUAAGCUCCUCCUGUGAGGGCCACUGCGUGAACACGGAAGGCGGGUUUGUGUGUGAGUGUGGGCCGGGCAUGCAGCUGUCUGCUGACCGCCACAGCUGCCAAGACACUGAUGAAUGCCUUGGAACCCCCUGUCAGCAGAGAUGCAGAAACAGCAUUGGCAGCUACAGGUGUUCCUGUAGACCUGGCUUCCAUCUCCACGGCAACCGGCACUCGUGCGUAGAUGUAAACGAGUGUCGGAGGCCGCUGGAAAGGCGAGUCUGCCAGCAUUCCUGCCAUAACACCGUGGGCAGCUUCCUGUGCACGUGCCGACCUGGCUUCAGGCUCCGAGCCGACCGAGUGUCCUGUGAAGCUUUCCCAAAAGCUGUGCUGGCGCCAUCCGCCAUCCUUCAGCCCCUACAACACCCGCCCAAGAUACUGCUGCUUCCUGAGGCGGGCCGGCCUGCCCUCUACGGCGGACACAGCCCUCCUUCCGGGGCUCCAGGGCCCCCAACCGGAGUCAGGACUGCCAGCCAGCCCUCUCCCACCCCAGCACCACCCACAUCCUUCCCAGCUGCCCCGAAGCAGCUGCCGCCCACCCUGACGGCAGCCCCAGUGCCAAGCGCCUCCCUGUUGGGGACCCUAGGACCUCCCUCACAACUCCAGGAGGUGACACCUGCCUUGCCCAGGGGCCCCGCGGCCACUCGGCUGGCACCAGGCCCCUCUGCCUGCUGGCACCUGGGAGCCAUGUAUGAGUCAGGAAGCCGCUGGAAAGAGCCUGAGUGUUCCCAGUGCUGGUGCAAGGAGCGGGAGGUGACCUGUGAGAAGGUGGAGUGUGAAGCCGCGUGUUCCCACCCCAUCCCCGCUGGCGGUGAGGGGUGCUGCCCAUCGUGUACAGGCUGUUUUCACAGUGGCAUCAUCCGAGCUGAAGGGGACGUGUUUUCACCUCCCAACGAGAACUGCACUGUCUGUGUCUGCCUGGCUGGAAAUGUGUCCUGCAUCUCCCCGGAGUGUCCUCCUGGCCCCUGUCAUACCUCCCCGAAGUCGGACUGCUGUACUUGCGUUCCAGUGAGAUGCUAUUUCCACGGCCGGUGGUAUGCAGACGGGGCUGUGUUCAGCGGGGCUGGUGACGAGUGCACCACAUGUGUCUGCCAGAAUGGGGAGGUGGAAUGUUCCUUCAUGCCGUGUCCAGAACUGGAUUGCCCCCGAGAAGAGUGGUGGCUGGGCCCAGGACAGUGCUGCUUCACCUGCAGGGAGCCCGCGCCCAUGACAGGCUGCUCUCUUGAUGACAACGGGGUUGAGUUUCCAAUCGGACAGAUCUGGUCUCCUGGUGAUCCCUGUGAGUUAUGCAUCUGCCAGGCAGAUGGCUCAGUGAGCUGUAGGAGGACGGACUGUGUGGACUCCUGCCCUCACCCGAUUCGUGUCCCUGGACAGUGCUGCCCGGACUGCUCAGCAGGCUGCACCUACAUAGGCAGAAUCUUCUACAACAACCAGACAUUCCCGUCUGUGCUGGACCCGUGUCUGAGCUGCAUCUGCCUGCUGGGCUCAGUGGCCUGCUCACCUGUGGACUGCCCCAUCACCUGCACCUACCCUUUCCACCCUGAUGGGGAGUGCUGCCCGGUGUGCCAAGACUGCAACUACGAGGGGAGGAAGGUGGUGAAUGGCCAGGUGUUCACCUUGGACGAUGAGCCCUGUACCCAGUGCACGUGCCAGCUGGGAGAGGUGAACUGUGAGACUGUCCCCUGCCAGCAAACCUGCUCAGACCCCUCCAUGCCCCUUGGGGACUGCUGCUCCUCCUGCCCAGAUUCCCUGGAGGAAAGGCGGGGACUGUCCGCUUGUGGAGCCACGGUGUUGGGCAAGGUGGCUCGGAGCCCUCACGGAGACGCCGAGUCCCUGCUCAGCUGUAGCUCCUGCGCAGGCCCCCCGGCAGCAUGGCCUCAGAGGCCGGCUCUCCGUCUCCUCCAGCUUUUCUUACGAGCAAACCCAUCUGGUGUGCCGACUUCAUCCCCGAUCCCCUUGGGAACCCAGGCCUCACCCUCACCCACUUUGGGGCCGAGGGGUGUGGACCUGGGGGAGCCCGGGGCCUCCCAGUCACCUUGGCCCUCAGCAGGGCCUUGGGCCCCUGCAGGAGCCUCAACUCUACCUCCAGCCUCCCCUAGGACUCCUGGGCUACCUCCUGUUUCCCCAGAGCCCUCUUUCUCAGCCUCCGGGGCCCAGACAGCGUCCAAACGGCCUUCCCUGCCUGCCCCUGUGCUGGCUGAAGAAGCUUCAACCCUUCCCACAACAAUUCCCAGCCCCUCAGAGACCUCCAUCACUCUCGUCAGACCUCACAGACUCUCCCCCCCGACCUCCAGGCUCUCUGCGGCCUUUGGAGCCAUGGCCAGCCCCAGCCGGCAGCAGCCCAUGGCCGGGGCCUCAGGGAGGGAGGGGUCCACCAGGUAAGCAGGCCUCCAGGUCAGGGCUGUGCCUGGAGACCCUGGACAGAGACAGUUCAGCUGGCAGGGAGGCUCUGGGGGCAAACGAGUCUCGUGGCACAGUGCGGGGGGGGUUUACUCCUGCAGUGCUCCUGGUGGGGGUGGCAAAUCCCCAGGGCUCAACACAGCCUUGGCCCCAAGAAGCAUUUGCAAUGUGCUGUGCCAGCCCAGCAAACGGUGUUCUCCUUGGUCAGCGUCCUCCCUGGGCAGCACAGCCUGCUUGUCUUCUGAGGAAGGUUGGGGCUCUGAGCUCCCCCACUCUGGAGGAAGAGUCAGAGAGGGCCUGGGGUUCCACUGGGAUUGUGCCACCUGUCAUCACACGCCCUUGCCUGGGGUUCCCUGAUUAAAGGCUGUCUCAGUCUCCCCCAGGCUGCCCUGCGCAUUCACUUGUCACCUUUGGAAAGGUGAGAAAAUUUCACUCAGAGCCCAGAGCAGGUGAAGUCAUGUUCUGCCUCAACCUCCCAGCUUGGGAGAAAAGCUGGCACCAGACCGGGGACAGGUUGGGUAGGGUCUUGUGUAAGCAUCUGGUGACCUCUGGAUGACUUCUACAGUGAGAGGGGACAGACAGACGGAGAGGCGUUGCAGGUGGGCCCCUGGGAGGGCACCUCUGGAGUGUGACGGUAGGCAGGCAGUUCCUGAGGGCGCACUGUCAGCACUCAUACCUGUGGGUGUGAGGGAGGGAGCGAGGAGAGGUCAGGCUGCUGUGCAGUCCCAAGGUCUCAGCCAAGCCCCUGUGGGGGCUCUGAGGCUGGGGUGGCCCUUAGAGUUGUCCUGAGUUGGGCCAAGGGGACAGGGCUUUGUGCCUCCAUGUGGACCAGUAAUUCUAUCUGGCUGUGCCAGGAAAGGGGGAUGACCUUGGGCAAGGUAGUCAUGUCAGCCACAGUUCCCAGGGGGCGCUGAUGGCCACCAGCUGUCAGCCAACAACCUUCCCAGCAGCUGGGGGAAUAAGUCUGUCACUCCUGAAGGGGGAGUCUGGGUGGUGCAGACCAGUUCGCAUGACAGAUGGAAAGAAGACAGUGUUAUAAAUUUGGGCGAGUGAGACAGAGGUGGAAGACAGCUGUGCUGUCACCGAGUCACUGGGGUGCUACCACCGAAGCCCAGGGGACUGCGGAAGGAGCCGCAGCCCCUCCCGCAGUUGCCUAGGCCACCCUCCUCUUCGCUGCCCUCUGACCUGUGGCUCACCACUCUUCCCCAGGUGAACUGUCUGCACUGUGGUGCUGGCGGCAAAGGCCACCUGGGGUAUCCAGCCCAGACAUACUGUAGUAAUGAGAUCCUAACCCAAGCCUGGUGGCAUGGAUGAUGAAUUUGGAGUAAGGAGCAUAGAAACCAAAGACUAGAGAUGCAAAGGACUUAGAGACCAUUCUGUCUAGUAAGACACAAACAUGGCAGUUCAGCAGGAGGCCUGGGUGCUGUGAACCCUGGUUUGAGCGGGGACUAGCCAUGGGAUCUCCAGUCUCGCUCUCUCAUCUGUAUAAUGGGGGCCCUAACAGUCCUGCCUCAUGGAGUCAUGGCGACAGCAUGUGAUAAUGCCUCCAUAAGUCCUGGUGGUUUGUGUUUGUGGCCGGGUGCAGCCCACCCAGCUUCACGAUGCCACCUGGAACCUAAUUUCAGGAUGAAAGUGUAGACGCUGGCUGCCUCCACACUGCAACUUGUCAAGCCCAGCUGACAAUGUGGUAGUAACUAAAAGUGCUGAAUUUCCCGCUGUUCAAUAAACUGUGCAGUUCACA